GGCAAUCAAAGAUACAGUAACAGGAUUCCUUCUAAAUCUAAGCAGAGAAUCAUUUGCAACAGUGAUGGAUAAUGCAUUUAGACAUCCAUUAAAACCUCCUUUUGAUGCCUAUGCAAAUGAUAUCAACUAUCUCUUUGCCUCCUAUGUAAUACCUUAUGUUGGACUGUCCGGAUAUGUUGGCGUCAAUCCUAAACUCCAAAGCUCUACUACCAAAAGAUUAAUUGCAGGAUUACUCAGAGUUGAAUCAGGUCAAGACGUAAUUCUGAGAGAAUUACUUUAUGAUCGAGGAGGAGAGAAGGUAGAACCCUAUGGGAUUACAGUAGAAGAGUUCACAAACCAAAUAUCAAAGUUGAAUAACAAACUAGGACGCCAUGGAAUUAAAGAUGAAGGACUUAAUAUGAAAUCGAAAGUAGGUGUUGAAGGAAGGAUAAGGGAGAAUGUACUUGCAGGGGACAAGUACUCGAUGGCCUAUGAUAGAACACCAAAGAAAAUUUUAAGAAUAGUGUAUGGAAGUGGAAAAAAGAAUAAAUCUGGUGGAUUUUAUCCAAAGAGAGCGGAAGGGCGGAUAGCAAAAUCAUAUCUUAGGCAUGAGCACUAG